GCGGUCUCUGCUGCUCGGGACAAAACCGCACGCAGCUGCUUUCAUUUUCCAGUGCUCGAGACUGCACGAUCAGGAGGGGAGCUCGCGCGUCUUGCUGCAGGGAUAUUACCUCUGAUGGACUUGAUAUAAGACAAGAAGACACAUUUUACCCCCAUCUGAUUAUGACAACUUAGUUGAUAGUUAUAAGUGUCGUUUUGAGGAAAACAAAGUUGUAAAUCCUAAACGUCUUUUCUGCCACCGGUUUUAAUGUGUUUUAUGUGUUUGCGCUCAACAGUGAGGUAGACUUAUCUGGGCACAUUUUACAGGAGGGUCGGUGUGUGAUUUAUCCCUUGGAUGCGGCUGUCGGGAUCAGUGUCUGAGCCCUGCAGGAUCAGCCUGUCAUAGGGCAUCAUGCUUUUUCCGGUUCUUCACAAGUGGAUGAGGAAUAUUUCUCCGGAGAUGCUGCUGCUGGUGCCAAUAUUGUGGUUUUUACCUCUGACAGGAGCGGCUCCCUCUCUGACUACCGAGCAGCUGGACAUGGGGGUGGACUGGCUGAGCAAGUUCGGCUAUCUCCCGCCCCCCGACCCUGUUACUGGCCAGCUUCAGACUAAGGAGGCCCUGACCAAGGCCAUCAAAGCCAUGCAGAAGUUUGGAGGGCUGAAGGAAACCGGAGUCUUAGACCAAGCCACACUGGGCCUAAUGAAAACACCCAGAUGUUCUCUACCAGAUGUGUCUGAGGCUGAAGUGACAGUGGGCCGCAGGAAACGAAGCCUAACUCCUCCAAACAAAUGGAAUAAGAGACAUCUCUCCUGGAGAGUGAGAACCUUCCCUAAGGAUUCGGCCUUAUUGGGCAGGGACACUGUUCGCGCCCUGAUGUACUACGCUUUGAAGGUCUGGAGCGACAUCGCACCGCUUAACUUCCACGAGGUGGCAGGAAGUGAUGCAGACAUUCAGAUCGACUUCACUAAGGCCGACCACAAUGAUGGAUAUCCAUUUGAUGGACCAGGGGGCACCGUGGCGCACGCAUUUUUCCCCGGCGAGAGGUUUACAGCUGGUGAUACACACUUUGAUGAUGACGAAGCCUGGACCUUCAGGUCACCAGACUCUCAUGGGAUGGAUCUGUUUGCUGUUGCAGUCCAUGAGUUUGGUCAUGCUAUCGGCCUGGUCCAUACCUCAGCCAUAGAGUCUAUCAUGAGGCCGUACUACCAGGGUCCUGUAGGAGACCCUCUGAAAUACGACCUACCCUAUGAAGACAAAGUCCGCGUCUGGCAGCUCUAUGGUGUCCGAGACUCAGUCUCCCACACAAAUCGACCAGGCAACCCCUCCCAGACAGCUGAACCUCCUGUCCUGCUGGACCUCCCUGAAAACAGAUCCACUCUCCUGCUGGCGCGAGAUGCCCCAGACAGAUGCACCAGUCACUUUGAUGCAGUGGCCCAGAUACGAGGGGAGGCCUUCUUUUUCAAAGGAAAGUACUUUUGGCGCCUAACACGAGAGAAGCACCUGGUGUCUCUGCGUCCUGCUCAGCUCCAUCGCUUCUGGAGGGGCCUACCAGCCAAUCUUGACAGCGUGGAUGCUGUAUAUGAGAGGCCUGGGGACCACAAAAUAGUCUUUUUCAAAGGUCUAAAGUACUGGAUUUUUAAAGACAACGUCAUGGAGGAAGGUUACCCGCGCCCAAUCAGUGACUUUGGCCUACCCUUGGAGGGUGUAGAUGCAGCCUUUGUUUGGCUACACAACGACAAAACCUACUUCUUCAAGGACAACCACUACUGGCGCUACGAUGACCACCUGAGACGUAUGGACCUGGGCUACCCUAAAGAUAGUACGCUUUGGAAGGGGCUGCCAACACAACUGGACGAUGCCAUGAGGUGGUCUGAUGGCUCGUCCUAUUUCUUCAAAGGGAAGGAGUACUGGCGAGUGCCGGGUAGUGACAUGGAGGUGGAGGCAGGAUACCCCCGCCUCAUCGCUAAAGACUGGCUGCUGUGCACUGAGAUGCAGUCGGACUCUCCAGACACAGAGCCCAAAAGCACCGAGACCAGAAUCAACGUGCACCGUCACCCAGACCACGCAGAGAAUGGAUACGAGGUGUGCUCCUGCACCUCUGACACAGCCUCGCCUUUAGGCAACCGCCCCUCCCCAUCUCCCAUCUGGCUGCUGCUGCCUCUCUGGACGCUCUCACUGGCCCUCCGCUCUGAACUGCUAUGAUGCCAAAGCAUGGGACAAAGUUCCUGAGCUGACUGGAAGGCCGGUGGACACUCAGUCAAACCAUUAACUGGAAAAUUUUGUUCUUAUUAUUAAAUUUGGUAUCGUUUUUGCUGUUAUUUAUUUCACAAGCCUUUUGGUGGGCUUUGACAUCUAAAGUAGUCAUUCUUAUAGGCAUCAACCAACUUACAAUGCUUUACAAUGUUUUUUCUUGAGCGGUCAAACUGCCUAAUUUCUGAAAGAAAAAAGGUAAAUGAACAAAGAAUCAACAGUGAUUAUUUGUCUUCAUGAGCAGCAUGUUUACAGCAGCAAUGUUUCACAUGCAGACAGGUGAAAGGCAUCCUGGGAUGUAGGCAGGUGAAUGGCACACACAUACACGCACACAGACUGUUGCCUAUUUUAUGAAAUUACAGCAGGUGCUUUAUUACAGGCUUGGUUCACUAGAUUUACAAAACAACAAAGAAAAUUCUCUAGUAGUGUCUAUCUGUGCAGAUAGUUUGAAUUUUAUGUAAAGAUAUCACUCUCAGAUUUAUAUCUUCAUGCUAAUACAGUGGAGGUGAAUGGGAUUUCGUUUGUGCUGUUCAACACAUUGAAAAAUGACAGAUGUUUUGCAAAAAAAUUCCCUGUUGCUUUGGAUAAUCCACAGAGCUCAAAUGGACUAUUUCUAUGGUGAAAAGAAGUAGUUCUAAUGAAAACAGUUUACAACAAGGUCUAGAAAAUUAUCCAGAGAAAUGGGGACACAACACAAAUGAAGGGAAAACACAGUGGUGUUGAACUUUUUAAAUUUAAUUUAUCAAUUUCCAUUCACCUCCAUGAUAUCGGAUGUCUGAAAAACUGAGGAAAUAAUGCCAAAACUAUCUGCAUGGUAGGAUACAACCAGAGGCAAGUGAGAUUUUUGUUAACUGUGGACACACAGACACACAUAUCACUCCAAGGUCUGAACUAGGGUGACUGUAGUGCUUAUGAUAAGCAUGAAUAUCUCACAGACAGUUUGCAAACUCUUCUUACAAAAAGUUUUGUGAGAGCUACAGCGAUGGAUGGAUGAGUAGGUGGAUGGACUCUGUCAAUAUCAGUUUCUUUGCCUAAAUCCCUUAACUGCUCUCCAAUGUGAGAAAGUGCUGCUCAUGUACGCAUCUCCACAGGUUUUUUAUUUUCACCUCUGGCUCAGAAGCAUUCCCUACUCUUGGUUUAGUCGUAUCUUUUGUAUCAAUUUCAGAUAAAAUUAUAUUCCUGUUUAUUUGACAUUGCUUUGAUCAGGUCAUAGAGUUCACAGAGCCUUUUUGUGACUGUUGGAUAAUUUCCUUCACUCCCCCAUCAAACGCCUCCUGAAGACAAGAGUCACAACAUGGCUCCUGGAUUUAUUCUUGCUGUAAAGAUAUAUUUACCUAUAGACUGAUAUAUUUGAGUUGAGAUGUUCUGCGGGUAUUGCAAAACCAAGUGGACUGUGUAUAUUUUAAGCUGUGUUUUCUAAUGUAAAAUAUUUUUGUAGAAAAAUUAAAAAAAACUCUGAAUGACUUUAUUGGCUAA